CCCCAGGUCCCUAGCUGGACUCCACCUUUUGGCUUUCUUGGCCUGAUUCUGAACUCUGGAGGCUGAGCCCCAUAUGGGGGUUGGCAGGCAGCAGAGAGGACCUUUCCAAGGUGUUCGUGUGAAGAACUCAGUGAAGGAGCUCCUGUUGCACAUCCGAAGUCAUAAACAGAAGGCUUCUGGCCAAGCUGUGGAUGACUUUAAGACGCAAGGUGUGAACAUAGAACAGUUCACAGAACUGAAGAACACAGUAGCAUACAGUGGGAAAAGGAAAGGGCCUGAUUUGUUGUCUGAUGGACCAGUCUGCAAAAGGCCAUCUCUGUUGCAUACCCAGUUUUUGACACCGCCUCAAACACCCACGCCCGUGGAGAGCAUGGAAGAUGUCCAUCACCAUGAGCCCAGACAGGACCCCAGUGCCGACCUGCUUCAGAACAUUAUAAACAUUAAGAAUGAAUGCAGCCCUGUUUCCCUGAACACAGUCCAAGUGAGCUGGAUGAGCCCUGUGGUGGUCCCUCAGAGCUCUCCUCAAGAGGCAUGUCAGGACUUCCCUGGAGGGCAGGUCUUCCACCCGCCUCAGAAGUAUCAACCGUUCCAAGUCAGUGGCUCCCCACAGAUGAUGGACCAGGCUUCCCUGUACCAAUAUUCUCCACAGAACCAGAAUGUAGAGCAGCCGCCGCACUACACCCACAGCCCAGCCCUGGAAUACAGUCCCUAUUCCAGAGCCUCCCAGUCCCCCAGCUUUGAACUUGACCUCUUUGAUGGUCAGGCACCACAGUUCUGCACAAACCAAAGUUUUGCUUCCCUUCUCCGUAGUCAUGAGGAAUCUGAGAAUAUUGUGAAUCCCAUUCAGACUUCCUCCAAUGUCCAGCCACAAAGUGAUGCUCACCUGCAGAGCUUCGGCAUGAUGCCCCGCAGCGCCUGUGAGGCCAUUGGGGGGCACGAAGUAGCCUCCACCUCUGUAAGCACCUCGUUGCCCUGCCAGAACAUCACCGGAAGUCCACUGAGCACCACACAGCUAGGGAAAUCAUUUUUUCAGUGGCAAGUAGAGCAGGAAGAAAGCAAAUUGGCAAAUAUUUCCCAAGACCACCUUCUUUCCAAGGAUGCAGAUGGUGACACGUUCCUUCACAUUGCUGUUGCCCAAGGGAGAAGGGCUCUUUCCUAUGUUCUCGCAAGAAAGAUGAAUGCACUUCACAUGCUGGAUAUUAAAGAGCACAAUGGACAGAGUGCCUUUCAGGUGGCAGUGGCUGCCAAUCAGCAUCUCAUUGUGCAGGAUCUGGUGAACCUUGGGGCCCAAGUGAACACCACAGACUGCUGGGGAAGAACGCCUCUGCACGUUUGUGCUGAGAAGGGCCACUCCCAGGUGCUCCAGGCAAUUCAGAAGGGAGCAGUGAGGAGCAAUCAGUUUGUGGAUCUUGAGGCAACUAACUAUGAUGGCCUGACUCCCCUUCAUUGUGCAGUCAUGGCCCACAACACUGUGGUCCAUGAGCUCCAGAUAAAUCAACAACCACAUUCCCCUGAAGUUCAGGAGCUUUUACUGAAGAAUAAGAGUCUGGUUGACACCAUUAAGUGUCUGAUCCAAAUGGGAGCAGCAGUGGAAGCAAAGGAUCGUAAAAGUGGCCGUACAGCCCUGCAUUUGGCCGCUGAAGAAGCAAAUCUGGAACUCAUUCGCUUCUUCUUGGAGCUGCCCAGCUGCCUGUCUUUUGUGAAUGCGAAGGCUUACAAUGGAAACACUGCCCUCCAUGUUGCUGCCAGCCUGCAGUAUCGGGUGACACAGUUGGAUGCAGUUCGCCUGUUGAUGAGGAAGGGAGCAGACCCAAGUACUCGGAACUUGGAGAACGAACAGCCAGUGCAUUUGGUUCCCGAUGGCCCUGUGGGAGAACAGAUCCGACGUAUCCUGAAGGGAAAGUCCAUUCAGCAGAGAGCUCCACCCUAUUAGCCCCAUUAACUUGGAGCCUGGUCAGCAACACUCACUGUCAGUUAGGCAGUCCUGAUGUAUCUGUACAUAGACCAUUUGCCCUGUAUUGGCAAAUGUAAGUUGUUUCUAUGAAACAAACCUAUUUAGUUCACUAUUAUAUAGUGGGUUAUAUUAAA